GAGUGUGGUCAAAGAUUUGGACAAAAGAGCACUCUGAACACACACAUGACAAUUCAUACAGGGCAAAAAGCAUUUGUCUGUUCUGAAUGUGGUAAAAGAUUUGGGCAAAAGAGUGAUCUGAAUAGACACAUGAUAAUUCAUACAGGGCAAAAAGCAUUUGUCUGUUCUCAGUGUGGUAAAAGAUUUGGACUAAAGAGCACUCUGAACACACACAUGAUAAGUCAUACAGGGCAAAAAGCAUUUGUCUGUUCUGAAUGUGGUAAAAGAUUUGGGCAAAAGAGCACUCUGAACACACACAUGAUAAUUCAUACAGGGCAAAAAGCAUUUGUCUGUUCUGAAUGUGGUCAAAGAUUUGGGCGAAAGAGCAACCUGAACACACACAUGAUAAUUCAUACAGGGCAAAAAGCAUUUGUCUGUCCCAAGUGUAGUAAAAGAUUUGGACGAAAGAACACCCUGAACACACACAUGAUAAUUCAUACAGGGCAAAAAGCAUAUGUCUGUUUUGAAUGUGGUAAAAGAUUUAGGCAAAAGGGUGAUCUGAACAGACACAUGAUAAUUCAUACAGGGCAGAGGAAGAUAAAAUGAAACUUAUGAACCAUUGCUUUGUAUGUACCAUGCCGCUCAUACAAAGCAAAUUAGUCCCCCAUUAUUCGGACAGAAGAACCAAAAUCAGGAAAAGGAAUACCGUGCCGCGAUGGAAAAAGACAUUACAACAGAAAAUUAGUCACCUCAGAGCAGAGAUCUUCCAGAUGUCGAUAUUUCUGGGAGGUCAAAGCCACAAAAGGAACCUCCUUCAAAAAGUCUAUCACAUUAAAAGAAAAUACAAUAUUGAAGAUAAACAACUGGCUGCGAGGCUGGCUGAGCACCAAGCCAUAGUGAAAGCAUUAGCCGCUCAAAUUAGAAAUAAAGAUAAGAAAAUAAAGGCCAAACAGAUAAACAAGCAGUUUACAAAUAAUCCUAGGCUAGUCUACAGAAAUAUGGCAAAGGAUACAGUAGAAGUACAACAGCCACCUGAGAGAGAAGAAGUUGAGAGAUUCUGGAGACCACUGUUUGAAGACCCUAAACAGCACCAAGAGGCUGAGUGGACUGAAAUAAUAAAAUAGAAAAACAAAGACAAACAGCAAAUGCCAGCAAUGAUCAUAACUGAAGAAUUGAUAAGAAAUAAAAUUCAUGAAUAUAGUAACUUUAAGGCACCUGCCAUUGAUAAAGUCCCAAAUUUUUGGUUGAAAAGACUGACAGCAUUGCACCACCACUAUGCCACGGCUUUCACAAAAAUAUUGAACGGAGAAGAGGACACACCAGACUGGCCAACGACUGGGAACACACCCCUACUCCCAAACACCAAGGAAACACAACUUCUCAACAAGUAUAGACCCGUCUGCUGCUUAACAACAACUUACAAAUGGCUGACAGGAGUUAUAGCUGAUACCGUUUAUGAACAUCUGGACACUGGUGGCUACCUGGAGAAGGAACAGAAAGGUUGUUUCAGAAAAAGAUUAGGAGCUAAAGACCAGUUACUAAUAGACAAAGCUAUCCUGGAGGACUGCAGAAAAAGGAGGAGAAACCUCAGCAUGGCUUGGAUUGACUACAAAAAGGCAUUUGAUAAUGUCCCACACUCAUGGAUCAUGAGAUGCUUAGAACUUUACAACAUCAAUAAGGAAGUAAGAUCUCUCCUGAAAACACAAAUGAAUAAGUGGAACACCACCAUCACCCUAAGCCAUACAGAGGGACAGAUAAUAAUCCCAGACAUAAAAGUGAAGCGAGGGAUAUUCCAGGGAGAUAGUCUCUCUCCACUCCUUUUUUGUCUUAGCAUUGACCCACUAAGCAAGAUUCUCAAGGAAUUUGACAUCGGGUAUGAUUUAGAUGGAGGUAGAGGAAGAAAACAUAGACAGGUGGUGAGCCACCUUCUAUUCUUGGAUGACUUGAAGAUAUUUGCAGAUUCAGAGAGGGGACUCAGGAGGCUAGUGGAGGCAGUUCAUACGUUUUCUAAAGAAAUCGGUAUGGAAUUUGGGCUGGAUAAAUGCUCUAAAUGUACAAUCAGAGGUGGUAAGAAGCAGGUCACAGAAAAUAUACAGUUGAAUGAGGGGAGCACUAUUGAAGAUUUGGCUGAGGAUUCCACGUACAGAUACUUGGGAAUUCAAGAAAAUACUACAAUAGAACACAAAAAAAUGAGAAAGUAACACAAGAAUACUUAAACCACUUAAAGAAGAUCUUCAAAUCAGAAUUGACAUCAAAGAACAAGAUCACAGCCAUAAACCAGUUUGCAUUGCCUGUUGUGAGCUAUGGGUUUGGCAUAGUAGACUGGCCACAGGGUGAGCUUAAUAAGUUAUAUACUAAAACUAGGAAGAUGCUCACUCUACAUAAAAUUACAUACAGAAGCCAGUGCGUGGUGACCUAUGGGUUUGGCAUAGUAGACUGGCCACAGGGUGAGCUUCAUAAGUUAUAUGAUUAUAAGUUAUAAGAUGCUCACUUUACAUAAAGAUACAUAUAGAAAUCAAUGCAUGGACAGAAUAUAUCUCCCCUGUCGAGAAGGCGGCCUUGGUCUUACAGAAAUUAUUCAGGCUUAUUGAGCAUCUAUAAUACGUAUCGGGCAGUACUUAAGAGUUCUCAAGAAGAAGUCUUGAAAAAGGUAACGCAACAUCACAUGAAGACCUUGUCAUAACAAACCUCCAUUAUUAAAUUGGCAGAAAGGUUUGGAGGAGAUCUCUUACAAGAGAGAGAAAGUAAUAAUCUGACACCUGCAACAAAACCAGCAAGACAGGCCGGAGAACAAUACAGAAAAAGA